AUGGGGAACGCUCCAUGCUGCAACCCAACGAGGGCAAGCUUCGAGGCCGAGACGACCAUGGCAGUAGAAGGAGAGACGGUGCUGGAUAGGAUGCAGCAGGAGAAGAUCAGAGCUAAGUUGAUGAGCCAGAGGGCAGACGAGGUGCAUCAGAGGCAGCACGAGGAGAUCAUAAGGGUGCUCGAUAAGUUUGAGAGCUCGAGCGCUGAGAGAAGGAGCAGCUUCCUAAAUGCCUUGUCUCCUGCUCAGCGUCAAGAGUUCUUGCGACUCUACGACGAGAAGCGCCGGAGGCCAUAG